GAGCAUUACGAGUAGCAGGAAUUUCGAUAUUGAUCACAGCAAUUAUCGAGUUUGUUCCUGUCAAGGAUGCGUCAUUUGGCGAAGUAUUGCCAGUUGGCAGUUAUUUGAAUCUUAACCAUCUGAGAUGAAUGGGAAUUUAAUGUUUUAAACCUUUCUUUGGACCGAAAUUAUGAAAUUUCAACCAGAGGCGCUUCAUUAUGGCGCCACUCUGGCGGAGUUGGCUCAUCGCGAAUACCAGGCAGGGAGCUAUGAUCGCGCCGAACAAAUCUGUAUGCAGUUGUGGAGACAACAACCCGAGAACACCGGAGUUUUACUUCUUUUAUCAUCGAUACACUUUCAAUGCCGUCGAUUAGACCGAUCGGCUCAUUUUAGUACGCUAGCCAUAAAACAAAACCCAGUUCUUGCCGAGGCCUACUCUAACUUAGGCAAUGUCUUCAAAGAGCGAGGUCAGCUGAAAGACGCGUUGGACAACUAUCGCCAUGCUGUAAAGUUAAAACCGGAUUUCAUCGAUGGCUACAUCAACUUGGCUGCGGCAUUAGUAGCUGCUGGCGAUUUAGAGGGGGCAGUUAAUGCUUAUGCCACGGCACUGCAGUACAACCCGGAUCUAUACUGUGUGAGAAGCGAUCUGGGAAACUUGUUGAAGGCUCUUGGUAGACUAGAAGAGGCUAAGGCGUGCUACUUGAAAGCGAUAGAAACGCAGCCCAGUUUUGCAGUGGCUUGGAGUAACCUUGGCUGUGUCUUCAACGCUCAAGGAGAGAUCUGGUUGGCCAUUCAUCACUUUGAGAAGGCUGUCCAGUUGGAUCAAAACUUUCUUGAUGCCUAUAUCAACCUUGGAAAUGUCUUAAAAGAGGCAAGGAUUUUUGACAGAGCUGUUGCUGCAUACCUACGAGCCUUAAACUUGAGCCCCAAUCAUGCCGUUGUCCACGGAAACUUGGCCUGUGUCUAUUAUGAACAAGGACUUAUUGACUUGGCAGUUGACACGUACAGAAGGGCAAUUGAACUUCAACCAAACUUCCCAGAUGCCUAUUGUAAUCUUGCAAAUGCUUUGAAGGAACAAGGAAAGGUAUCUGAAGCAGAAGAAUGCUACAACACUGCUUUAAGAUUAUGUCCUACCCACGCAGAUUCCCUCAACAACCUAGCGAACAUCAAGAGAGAGCAAGGAAAGAUUGAGGAGUCUGUCAGGUUGUACUGCAAAGCUUUAGAGAUAUUUCCUGAAUUUGCUGCUGCUCACUCAAAUCUUGCAAGUGUUCUGCAACAACAGGGGAAACUUCAUGAAGCACUACUGCAUUACAAAGAAGCCAUCAGGAUUCAUCCUACAUUUGCUGAUGCCUAUUCUAACAUGGGAAACACACUCAAAGAAAUGCAAGACAUUCAGGGAGCCAUUCAGUGUUACACAAGAGCUAUACAGAUCAACCCAGCAUUUGCCGAUGCUCACAGUAACCUAGCAUCUGUUCAUAAGGAUUCUGGCAACAUUCCUGAGGCAAUCCAGUCUUACAGGACAGCAUUGAAGUUAAAGCCAAGCUUUCCCGAUGCAUACUGUAACCUUGCACAUUGCUUACAGAUAAUCUGUGACUGGACAGAUUAUGAGUCGCGCAUGAAGAAACUAGUGUCUAUUGUGGCAGACCAGUUGGAAAACAAUCGACUGCCAUCUGUGCACCCUCAUCACAGUAUGCUGUAUCCACUUACACACAAAAUGAGAAGAGACAUUGCUAACAGACAUGGAAAUCUAUGUGUUGAAAAGGUUGCUCUUUUACACAAGCCACCAUACUCGUAUCCCAAGUCGUUGAAGGAAAGUGGUGGGAGACUGAGAAUAGGCUACGUUUCCAGUGAUUUUGGAAAUCAUCCUACCUCACAUCUGAUGCAAAGUGUUCCUGGAUUUCAUGACAGUAGUAGAGUUGAGAUCUUUUGCUAUGCUCUGACGGCUGAUGAUGGCACCAGUUUCAGAAGGAAGAUUGAGGGAGAUUCAGAGCAUUUCGUUGAUCUAUCUUCUAUCCCUUGCCACGGAGAAGCUGCUGAUCGUAUUAAUGCUGAUGGCAUUCAUGUGCUUGUCAACAUGAAUGGUUAUACGAAAGGAGCCAGAAAUGAAAUAUUUGCCCUUCGCCCUGCUCCAGUCCAGGUAAUGUGGCUGGGGUAUCCAGGCACAAGUGGUGCCCCUUACAUGGACUACAUCAUCACAGAUGAAGUUACCUCACCCCUGGAACUCGCCGAUCAGUACUCUGAGAAGCUCGCAUACAUGCCACACACGUUCUUUGUUGGUGAUCACAAACAGAUGUUUCCACACCUUAUACAAUACCUGAGAGCCUCCAGUAACCAAGUCAUCGCUGAGGUGACGCAAAACGGACUAGUACCAGCUCAUGCUGCUGCUGUGCUGCUGGACGAUGAGAAGAACGAUCCAAACCUCGCUCCUAAAGUCGGCGCGCUGAUCGAGGAGAAGAAGAAAGAGUACUCCGGUUGCAAGGACAGCGGUGAGCGCAUCCCGUCAACCGUACCCAUAAUCACGCGCUCUCAUUACGGCCUGCCAGAGACGGCCACAGUGUACUGCAACUUUAACCAGUUGUACAAGAUCGACCCACCGACAUUGCGUAGCUGGGUGAAUAUCCUCAAACACGUCCCCAACUCCGUGCUGUGGUUACUGAGAUUUCCUGCCGUAGGGGAACCGAACCUCAAGGCACAGGCCAUGGCUAUGGGACUGUCCCAAGAGCGUAUUGUCUUCUCGCCAGUCGCACCUAAGGAAGAGCAUGUGCGUCGCGGCCAACUGGCUGACGUCUGUCUAGACACCCCACUGUGCAAUGGUCACACAACAGGGAUGGAUGUCCUGUGGGCCGGCUGUCCUAUGGUGACCCUUCCGCUUGAAACGUUAGCUUCUCGAGUAGCCUCUUCUCAGCUGUCAGCUCUUGGCUGUCCGGAGCUUGUGGCAAGAAAUCGAGAAGAUUACGAAAACAUCGCUAUCAGACUCGGAAACGAUGCGAACUACCUAAAAAGAGUGAAGGAUAAAGUCUGGAACGCUCGCCUUCGCAGUCCGCUCUUCAACACGAGGCAGUAUACCCACAGCCUUGAAGGUCUUCUUCUCAAAGUCUGGAGAAGAUACGAAAAUGGACUGGAGCCUGAUCAUGUUACUUCCUGAAUGCCAGGAAUGGUUUAUUUCGCCCAGUAUUUGGAUACUGACAAUCGCCGCAGCCGCUGAUCGCUGUUGAUGCAACGGAGUCGGGUUCAUGUGCUGUAACGGUCACUCUUCAGUGAUGUAAUCAUGAAGAACUUUUUAAAAUUCAGGCGUGGACAGCCUACUCGACAGGGGAAAAUUGAGUCUUAAUACGAGUCAAUACUUGCGUCGCCAAUUAAGACUUGCGGCUGACAAAAUUGCGUUGUUUUAUUUUGGUUUGGUUUUGUUUUUGGUUGACCAGGCAGAAAAGAUGGUAGGUUUCUGAUAAGUUAAGAGGUAAAAUGUCGUAUAGCGUUCAAAGAAAUCUGUAAAUAUUUAGAGUAAAAUUAAUGACGUUCGUUCGUUCGUCGCGCGUUUAGCUUCUGAGUUUUAGAUAAAGUAGAAACAUCUACCUUGGUCAACACGUUAACACGGAGCUUGAAAGGGAAAAAAACUGAAAACAACAAAUUUUAUGUAUUAAAUGGUUCACUGUAAAAUGAA